CCAAAGCUAUCGGACACGGAGGUUGUGUCGCUCCUCCGUCGGUAUACAUCGCGAUGUUACAAAAAAAUCUCUAGUUACGUCUGUAUAGACGAUAUCAUUAUGUUUCUUGCCAAUUUUGGAAAGAGUUUCAGCUGAAUUGGGUUUAUUUGUAUUAUUAAUAGUAUUUAAACUAUGUGUUGUGAACAUCGUGCUGUAAGUGACGGUAAUCAGUAGCGUCAAGCAUGGUCGCGGGACCAAUUAAAACAGAUAAACGUGCAUGGAACCAGUUCAAGAGUAUAGUGCUUUUGCAUCUUUUGUUCACAUUGCCUUUAGAUACAAAAGCGCAAAGUCGUGCCCCGCGUAUCAAAGAACACCCAGCUGACACUAUCGUUGGAAGGAGUGAACCAGCGACCCUGCGAUGCGUUGCCGAAGGGAAACCAAAACCGAGCAUACAGUGGUACAAAGAUGGCUUGCCGCUGGCUCCGACGGAUCAUCCUCAUAGAGUAUUGCUUGAAGAUGGCUUGCUGUUUCUUAGGGUUAUGCGUGGUAAAAAAGAGAGCGAUGAAGGAGUCUAUUGGUGCGUCGCUAAAAAUUCUGUUGGAGAUGCAGUUAGCAAGAAUGCUACACUUAUUAUUGCUGUUCUACGCGAUGAAUUCAGAACUGAACCUCGUGACGUAAAGGUGGCGAGUGGUGAAUCAGCCUCAUUAGAAUGCUUACCGCCUAAGGGCGUGCCUGACCCUUCUGUUCAUUGGACUAAGGAUGGACAUAGUCUGGACGUUGAGGAGGUUAAUGGAAGGAUAUCAGUUGUAGAUGGUGGUAACCUAAAUAUUCUAGAAACUCUUCCGUCAGAUAGCGGUGUUUACCGAUGUGUGGCAUCAAAUGUGGCAGGGGAAAGGCAGUCACGUCCCGCCACCCUACUUGUAUUACGUAGACCACAUUUUCUAGUCAAACCUAAUAAUAUUACCGCUUUGCUUGGACAGAAUAUUGAGUUUCAUUGUCAGGCUUCGCCAGAAUCAGAUGUCUCAGUAUCGUGGUCUCGGGAUAAUGGGUCCCUCUCACCAUAUGCUAUAGUGCGACGAGGUUCUUUAAGAAUAGAUAAAGUUACAUCUUCCGACACAGGACUUUACACUUGUCGGGCUGAAAGUCAGGCUGGAACAAGUGUUGCCAGUGCUUCGCUAACUGUUCAUUCAUUACCACAUUUCACACGGAUGCCUUCGGAUCAAACAGCUUGGGAAGGCGAAGCUGUGUCAUUUCCAUGUGAAGCGGAAGGAUCACCGAAACCAUUAAUCUUUUGGACUAUGGAAGGCUCUCAGGAAUUAGUAUUCCCAAAGACAAGUCAUCACGGAUCUUUGUACAUAGAUAGGAUAACAACGCAGCACGCCGGGAGAUUAACUUGUGUUGCUGUUAGCGCAGCGGGAAGCGCUUUUCAUACAGCCACUUUACAAGUGUUAAGACGAGAAGCCAAUUCGUUUAAUGGAGAUUUAGACUCAUCCUCACCUUACCCGGAAUUGAGUAAGCCUCAAAAUCAUCCGCCUAUGACACAAUACGAGCUAGUACAAGCGAGAAGAUAUUUACAACAAGAUGUUUUAGUUCUGAGGAGAGUUGAAGGAAUUUCCGCUACUACACUAAAAAUUGUUUGGGAUGUUAUAACAGAUUACAACGAGUACUUAGAAGGAGUGAAAAUUUGGUUUAACGGAACAGCUAUAAAUAAACCAUACUUAUUAGAACUACAAAACACUCAGUAUUCAAAUACUUCCAUUGACAGUUUAGCAGAACUUUCUAAACAUGAAAAUUUUACGAUGGCUACUGUACAUAAUAGCGGGUCGUCAAGCCAUAUACUAACGGGACUGAUUCCGUAUGCCCAGUACGAUGUAUUUUUGAUGCCAUUUUAUAAACUUCUACUUGGAAAACCAUCAAAUAUGAAAACUGGACUUACUGAAGAAGAUGUUCCAUCAGCGCCGCCUCAGAGUGUUUCAGCGGGAGUGAUAAAUGCGACGUCGGCCUGGAUUCGCUGGGACCCGCCUCCCGUGCAUACUUGGAAUGGCGAGCUGUCUGGUUACUUGAUCGAGGUUAGAGUGGGUGGUGGCAACGGAGGUCGUGUAGUCGGUCAAAUGUCAUUGGGUGCCAAGACACGUGCUGCCGCAGCUAGUUCUUUGAGGACUGGAGGUCGGUACAGUGCACGGGCUGCAGCUGUCACUCAUAGAGGUCAUGGACCUUUCAGUCCCCCAGCACAUAUUCACAUGGUGCCGACACAAACUCAGAGACACUAUGUGCAAACGGAACCAGCAACCGACAAGGCAAUAUUGUCAAUGUUCCAAGAAACUUGGUUGCUAGCGCUGAGCGCUAUUUUGCUUGUGCUAGUUCUAGUUGGUGCGGGAACGAUUGUGUUUAUUCGACGACGCCGGUCAAAGCAAAGAAAGAGUCAGAAAUCUACUAGAACGGCAAUAACAAAUGCACAGCAAUGUUUACUAGGAAAAGAAGCGGUAUGGCUGCGAGAAAGGCCAACGUUUGAAGGUUCUAAUGAACCCCGAAUAGAGGUGUUAAGUUGCCACCAAAGUUUAUUGCACGGUGGUCAUUCCGUUGGAACUAUGGCUACGGAAGCUGAGUAUAGUCUUCCACAACAUCCUAGUUCUAUGACGGCCAUGCCGCAGGCAGACCAGAAAAGAAUCGCACCAGAGCCAUAUGCUUCUUGUGCUAUAUAUACUGAAUUAAAUUACCAGGAUCAUACAGACGUAGAAGACUCUUGUAUGAAAUGUGCUGUAAGUCCAGGCUCUUACGAUAAUAGUAUGGUUAGAUCAUUCGAUGACAGCAACCAAUUCUCCAACGAAGAUUGUUCAACGUGUUGUCGGAGCAGUAGUUCAACAUUAACAAAAGAUUUUAGUGAAAUGACAAAAUGUGGGAACGAAGUCGAUGAAAUUCAAGAAAUACCAGUAGACGAAUGUCCAUCUUGUAGAACACAUGCUUCCAGAUCUUCUAGUCACCAUGAUGGUAAUAAAGAAUGGGCUGUGGUUGAAGCGGAGUACGAUUAUCCCCAGUGGCAUUGGCUGGGUCGGGAAAACAGCUUUAGGCAAGGAACUCAUGAUUCGAGGUAUUCAAAUGCUGGAAUGAGUGAUAAAAAUUUCAGGAUGAACUUGUGUGAUAUUCUACCACCUCCGCCGUAUGAAAGAGAAUCGCCUUACCGAGAAAUGCGUGCGCUCGCCAAUCUCUCAGGUACAUCAGGUUGUUCAGGACAUUCUUAUCCAAGUUAAUUUUAUUUUUGUCAUAUUGACAUUAACUCAAAACUUAUAUCACUAGUACGUAACCGAAGCAAUAUUACAUUUAAGUGGAUUGUAAAUAUGUAUUAAAGUUUUUUGCAUAUUUAUUAUAGAUAGAAAGGAGAGGAAAAGAUAAUUGUCGAGUAGAAUUGUUCUCAUUUAUCAACUUUACUUAUACCUAAUAACAAUCUAAAAGCUAUGGAGGUACUUUCAGUGAAAUGUUAAGCAUACGUGAUUCCUUUAGAACUAUGUCUUCCUAUUAUAUUUACCUGACUUGCCAGUAAAAUAUGGAUAAGUUAAUGUGAUAUAACAAUUUGCUCGACAAACAAUCUACCUUGAGAUGGAAUUUGAGGUCGUAGUAUUGUGAAUGUGUUUUCAUAUAGACUGCCAUAUUAUCUCGUAGGUUUCUCAUCUCUAUAGUGACUGUGAUAUAGUAUAAUUUGGUAUUCGAUUGUGUUUUGUAUAUAUUUUGCAAUAUUUGAUAUCCUUAUACAAUUUUAACAUACCUAUUUAUUGUGUGUGGUCAAUUUAGUAUUCCAAAUGAACCAAUUUAAUAACCUCUUUAAAUAUCACAGCUGAAUAAUAUUUUGUAAUAAUCGGAAACUAAUUCCUGCUCCAACAAGUUUUAAGUAUAAUUUGUACUUCGCAAAAUCAGUCCAUAAUAAUAAA